AUGUCUGUUUCCAAAACCGAACUCGAUGCGUACUUAGUCGAAAACUGGGAUACCGAGACCCUUGUCCUUUGCCUGCAAGAGCAGGACCUAAAGCUUAAUGAAAAGCACUUUGACAUCAUCCGCAAUGAAGAAAUCAAUGGACUCUCCUUUCUUGAUAUGACCGAAGAAAAGUUUCGUCAUGGUCGCGUCGGCUAUGCGGUUAAGAAAAUUCUAGACACCAUAGUGGAAGAAAUCAUAUGUAUAACCGAGGGCAAGCAGAAUCAAGCAGGAAUUGGUAUAGCACAGAAUUUAAUGCAGUGUGAAAGCUCGGAACAGAUGAAUAGGAGAAAACGAAAAGUUGACGGGGCCUUUGGGGAUUCUUAUUAUGACUAUCUCUGUGGUAUUGUUUCCAUAGACGAUGAUACCGAUUUACGUAAGGGGUUAAAAGGGUGA